CUUCGUGCAGCGAUGCUGCCCCCGACCCGCUGAUCGGUACCGCGGGACACGACCGGCCGUCGGACGGGAAGAAGAAGAAGAAGAAGAGGAAGAAGAGGGAGAAGACAACACAAACAGAGAUGUUGCAUGACAUGCCUCGCAGUACAUCGUGAAUGAUUGAAGACUUCGGGCCGAGCGGCGACAACAUGGCGGACAGACGGCAACUGUUUGUCGAGAUGAGGGCUCAGGAUCUGGACUCCAUCCGAUUAUCCACAUACAGGACGGCCUGCAAACUCCGAUUUGUACAGAAGAAAUGCAAUCUGCACCUGGUCGACAUUUGGAACGUCAUCGAGGCUUUCCGAGAGAACGGCGUCAACGCCAUGGAGCUCGCCGAGGAGCUCCCCGUGGCUCGUCUGGAAGCGGUCCUGUCCACUAUCUUCUACCAGCUGAACAAGCGCAUGCCCAACACGCACCAGAUCUCGGUGGAGCAGUCCAUCAGCCUGCUGCUCAACUUCCUGCUGGCGUCCUACGACACGGAGGGCCAGGGCAAGCUAUCUGUCUUUGCUGUGAAGAUGACCCUGGCAACCAUCUGCGGAGGGAAAAUCGUGGAUAAAUUAAGAUAUAUUUUUUCCCAGAUAUCAGAUUCUGCUGGAGUGAUGGUCCACUCGCAGUUUGACCAGUUCCUGAGGGAGGCGCUCAAAUUACCCAAGGCGGUUUUCGAGGGGCCUUCUUUCGGUUACACCGAACAAGCCGCGCGGACGUGCUUCACGCAGCAGAAAAAGGUCUCCCUCAAUAUGUUCCUGGACACGUUGAUGUCGGACCCGCCCCCUCAGUGUCUGGUGUGGUUACCGCUCAUGCAUCGGCUCACCAACGUGGAGAACGUCUUUCACCCGGUCGAGUGCUCCUACUGCAACACCGAGAGCAUGAUGGGCUUCCGCUAUCGCUGCCAGCAAUGUCAUAAUUACCAGCUCUGUCAGGACUGCUUCUGGAGGGGGCAUGCCAGCGGUUCCCAUAGCAACCAGCAUCAAAUGAAGGAGUAUACGUCAUGGAAAUCCCCUGCGAAGAAGUUAUCCCGCGUCCUCAGCAAGUCCCUGAGCUGUGCGUCCAGCAGGGAGCCUCUCCACCCCGUGUUUCCCGACAUGCCGGAAAAACCUCUCAACCUAUCUCACAUUGUGCCACCGAGACCAGUGAACAUCACCAACGACUACUCGCUCUCCCACUCCAUGCCGAUAUCAGGGAACCCGUACUCCACCAAAAGCUUGCCUCACAGCAAGAGUAAUGACGUUGAGCAUAGGAGGCCCUUGACUCUGGCCGCUCCACAUCUGUUUAGAGGCAGAGGGUUGAACUACAACCUGGAUGUUGCCGAUAGGCUGGCAGACGAACAUGCUCUCAUUGGCCUCUAUGUGAAUCUCCUCCGAAACAAGCCCAACACAUGUUUGCUGGAGAGUAACCAUCAUGAUGAAGAGCACAGCCUCAUCGCCCGCUACGCUGCUAGACUGGCCGCUGAUGCCGCGCAUCAGUGGAUCCCCACGGACCUCCCCGGCUCUCUGGAUGCCAACAAACAGCAGCGGCAGCUCAUCGCCGAGCUCGAGUGCAAAAACAGAGAAAUCCUGCAGGAAAUCCAGCGGCUGCGUGUCCAGCAUGAGGAGGCCUCCCAGCUGCCACCUGACAGGGGUCAGCAGAACCCCACUCUUCUGGCUGAGCUUCGACUUCUCAGGCAACGCAAAGACGAGCUCGAGCAAAGAAUGUCUACUCUGCAGGAGAGUCGCAGGGAACUCAUGGUGCAGCUGGAGCAGCUAAUGAUGCUUCUCAAGACUCAGGCCCCCGGCUCCUCCCCCGGCGCCAGCCGGCAGAUCGCCACGCCGAUCCACUCGGACUCGGCCGGCACGACCCCGACUCACACACCUCAGGACUCGCUCAUGGGCGUGGGAGGGGAUGUUCAGGAGGCCUUCGCUCAUGGUCCAAGGAGGAAUUUAAGAAAUGACCUCCUCAUCGCUGCCGACUCCAUCACCAGCACAAUGUCAUCGCUGGUUAGAGAACUCAAUUCAGAGGGUGGAAGUGAGACAGAGAGCACCACGGAUUCAGACUUUGGACGUGCUGACCUGUUGGCCACCACCUCUUCAGACCCCUUCUUCACAUAUAAACCAAGGAGCGCCAGCGCCGCAGAGAGCUUCGAGAACGACCUGGAGCGGCGGCUGGAGGACGAGCUCAGCCUGGGCGAGCUGGUGCCGCACCGGCAGGAAGCAGACAAGGCGUGCAUGGUGACGCUGCAGCAGUGACCCUGUCGUCCAGGUGACUGGUGAGCAAUGUGAAAAGCAACAAUAGUCGGAGACACUGGACGAGGAGACACUGGGCCGACGGUACCGAGCACUGAAGACGCGAAGAAUUUAAGUUGAAUAAAUGGCUGCAUCCAACCAUAGAAUACAUUUAUGUAAAGAUCUAUUUUUUAACCAACCUACAUACACUACCGUUCAAAAGUUUGGGGUCACUUAGAAAUGUCUUUAUUUUUCAAAGAAAAGCACUGUUUUUUCAAUAAAGAUAACAUUAAUCAAAAAUACACUCUAUACAUUGUUAAUGUGGUAAAUGACUAUUCUAGGUGGAAAUGUCUGGUUUCUAAUUAAAUAUCUCCAGAGGUGUAUAGAGGCCCAUUUCCAUCAACUAUCACUCCAGUGUUCUAAUGGUACAUUGUGUUUGCUAAUCGCCUUAGAAGACUAAUGUCUGAUUAGAAAACCAUUGUGCAAUUAUGUUAGCACAGCUGAAAACAGUUAUGCUGGUGAUAUAAGCUAUACAACUGGCCUUUGAGCUUGAAGUUUGAAGAACAAAAUUGAUACUUCAAAUAUGAAUCAUUAUUUCUAACCUUGUCAAUGUCUUGACUAUAUUUUAUAUUCAAUUUUCAAUUCAUUUGAUAAAUAAAAGUGAGUUUUCAUGGAAGACACGAAAUUGUCUGGGUGACCCCAAACUUUUGAACGGUAGUGUAUUUAAGGUAAUACUGUGAGCUGAUGAAAAGAGAUUAAUUAGUGAGCCGUCUAUUACACCGCAGGUGCCAUAAAAAACACACGACUUUGGGGAAUUAUUUCAGAAUUUUUUGGGCCUUUUUAAUAUGAGUUGUCAUUCAAGCAAAUGUGCAAAUAGGUUAAAUCUCAUAAUUUCAAAUGUUCAUGUUUCUGCAAAAAAACAGUGAUGCAGGUUUUUAAGUGUUUGUUUUGUCGUCUGAUUUAAAAUAUAAACCUGUGUUGGAGUUGAAGUUAAAGAUGAUACAUUUUGCAAUAUUUAAUAAAUGUGUAACUCCAGAUUUAACCACUAGUCCGUAGAUUUUUUUUUUUUUACAGUUGCUGUCGAGUGGCUUUUGAGUUGUUUUUGGAGCAGGCCGAUCAGAUACGCUUGUUUUCUUUCAUACGUUAUUGAUAAUAAUGCACACAUGCCUUAGCUGAUUGGAUGACCUCUCAAUACGGGACAAAUUAAAAUUCAUUCAAUUUCAUGCCAGGUGGUGAUUUUGUCUGCAAACAUGUGCACUGUCGACAUACGAGUUGUCAAGUUAAAGAUAAAGAUGGAUUUGUUUUAGUGUUUUAAGAUUUAAGAUACACAGAGACUUCCAAACGGUUUACACUGCUGAGGGCAUUGAACAAAUUAUGCUUACACACUAAUGUUUUUAUGAAUUAAGAGUUCGAUCAUCAUUUGCCAUUGUUUCAUUUGCUCGCGCACACAACUCUCUGAGUCACACACACACACAAACACAGACAGACACACACACGCUCUCUCUCAAAGUGGAAAGCCAAUCUAAAAUCAUAAAUGUGUGAAAUAUAUCUAGUUUGAAUUUUGAGCAAGUUCAUAGCAAGUGAUUUUGCAUGGUGGUGAAGCAUAAUAAUAAAGUGUUGACACAAUAUCACCAUU